CCAGAACGUGCUGGUUUCUACGAAAGUGUUUUGUUCUCGUGCGAAAAUAUUGAAAUUAAACAUCCAUCACCAUUCGGCAGGCAGUGUUCAGCAGAAUCCCAAAAUGCGGCACGCAAAGUUUAUCGCACGCACAGUCUUGGUGCAAAACAACAAUGUUGAAGAGGCCUGCCGGGUGCUGAAUCGUAUUCUGGGAAAGGAGGAAAUUUUCGACCAAUUCCGACGCACUCGUUACUACGAAAAGCCGUUCCAGACCCGACGACGCAUCAACUUUGAGCGCUGUAAAUCGAUUUACAACGAAGAUAUGAACCGCAAAAUUCAGUUUGUAUUGAGGAAGAAUCGCGUCGAACCGUUCCCUGGAUGCAAUUAAUGUAGAAAAAUAAAUGUUCAUGUAGUAUA